CCCUUUUGGUUAUGUGCUCUCCUCACAAUCUCUCUUUAGCCUUUGGUUCCCUUCUUUCGUUUUUAUUGUGAUUCUCCCACCAUUUUUGUUCUUUUGAGUUUUAAAGAUCCAUCAAACUUUAUUAAAGAAAGUAGAACAAAGAGAUAAAAGGGAGGAAGAAAGAACCAUGGUUUUCUCAUCCGUCCCAAGCUUUUUAGAUCCACCAAUUGAUUGGCCACAGUCUGCGAAUUCUAAUAAUCAUCCUCAUCAGCUCCAUCUACAAGAAACUGGAAAUUUAGUUAGUGGUCAUCAAGUACACUCUCACCACUUCCCACAAAACCCUAACCCUAACCACAACCAUGUUGAGACCACAGCCGCCACCACAGUUGAUCCCGCCGGUCUCAUCGGGUCAGCAACCGAGAGAGCGAGGCUAGCUAAGAACUCUCAUCCGCCUGAGGGACCCCUAAACUGCCCUCGAUGUAACUCAGCCAACACCAAGUUCUGUUACUUCAACAACUACAACCUCACGCAGCCACGCCACUUCUGCAAGGCUUGCCGCCGCUACUGGACACAAGGAGGCGCUUUAAGGAACGUCCCUGUUGGUGGUGGCUGCCGGAGAAACAAGAAGGCUAAAACCGGAAAUUCAAAGUCUUCCGCCUCCUCACAGAACAAGCAGUCAACGUCUAUGGUCAACGCUCCAAGUCCUACAACUCCUAGUAGUAUCCAGUUACAAACAAAUAGCCAGCUACCGUUUUUGCCCACUCUACAGAAUUUCACUCAACUCGGUGGGUUUUACCAUGGAGCUAAUACUUCGGGUCCAGUCAUGGCUAACAACAACAAUGAGAAUAACAUAAUGACUUCUCCGGGAUCAGCUAGCCAUUUUGCUAUGUUAAACCGAUCAAUGGGAUUAUAUUCUUUCCCUAAUGAGGGCAACAUGGUAUUAUCUUCUUCCCCAGCUUCUAGGGUUUCUCAAACUGCUCCGGUGAAGAUGGAAGAAACCCAUGUGGGUAGUAUAAGCCGGCCGGUUUCGGGUUUGACAUCUGCGGGUAAUCAAUCCAACCAAUACUGGCCCGGUUUGAGUUUCCCUGGUUCUUCUUCUAACGAUCAGCAGCACCACCUAAUGUGAAGGUUUCAUUGCCGUUGGAUCAUUCAUGAACAUCGUCAAUUCAUGGAGAAACUAAGAGGUAUAUUAGAAUGGGUCUUAUACAAAGCACGGUCGUUGUAUGACAACGAAGUAAUCGUAUUGUGUGAUUAGCACUUGUUGAUGUGUGAGUGUCUGUCGAGUUUGUACUUGUUUAAUUCGUAAUCUUCACUCAAAUUUUAUGAAAUACUGUAAUAACUAACAGAUCUGUAUGUUAUAUUUUAUUUGUUUUAAUGUUGACCUAGCUAUGGCUUAUGUUUCUAAAGUA